AUGUCCUACCAGUCCAGUGAGGCCAAGAAGGAAGAGUUCCGUAAGUACCUUGAGCGGAAGCAGGUGAUCGACACACUGACCCGUGUACUGGUCAACCUGUACGAAGAACCAGAGAAGCCGGAGGAUCCGGUGGACUUUAUAAAGAAAGUGCUUGGCGGAGCCUCUGCCGCAGACUACGAGGCGCUUCAGCAGGAAAAUGCAUCACUCAAAGCGGAAGUGGAGGCACUUAAAAAACGGCUCAAUGAGGAACAAUAA